AUGGCUCAAAUUCUCGCGCCUCUGGCAUCUUCCACUGUGGAGCACGAGACCAGCCCAACCUGUGACCCUCUUUCGACGUCCUUUCCCUACCUUGAACAGGCGCAAUCAACCGAAGAUAGCCUUCGUGGAUGCUCAGAUACCACUCUACACGAUGAAGCGCAUUCGCGAGAUCCAGAGAGCAUCAAAGCCGAUCAACAGAACGGCGACCUUGAAAGGCCGCGCCUUGCUUCACGCAAGUUCGAGACCGAAAUUGCUCGCCGUCGUCCCUCAGGAACAUCCGUUCCUCCCAGACAGCAUCGCUCCACGGUGAAUUACCCUAUCCUACAAAGCGCUAGGCGUCGAGUUUCGUCGAGCAAUUCGGAUACCUCGACUUCGUCGGAUGAGGACAACACAGCUGGACUGCAAAGGGCACAGACACAACCAGCUCACGAUGCGCUGUCCAAAUCCCAACUCAAUCGAGUGCGCACUCACCCGAGGCCAUCGCAUCUCAAGGUAGGAAAUGAGUACUUCCAAUCUCAAGGGAGAAUAGCCAAGGAUGGGAGAUUGAACAUCUCAGUCAAUGAGACAUCUCAAACAGGCUAUCUCGCCAAAGCGCUGGGCGCAACCAUUCGACACCAGCUCGGUCCCGACUACCAAGAGGAGGCAAAGCUGGCAGAGAAGGCUAAGGCCGAUUUUCUGAGGGACAAACACAAGCUUGUCGUGCCUUCGAUGAACAUAGUAAUUAUGGUGAUCGGCAGCCGUGGCGAUAUCCAACCUUUUCUGAAAAUCGGGAAGAUGUUGAGAGACAAGUAUCACCAUAGAGUCAGAAUUGCUUCCCAUCCUACCUUCAAGCAGUUCGUCGAGAAGGAGGUUGGCCUUGACUUUUUUUCCGUCGGUGGAGAUCCUUCCGAAUUGAUGGCAUUCAUGGUCAAAAACCCUGGGUUGAUUCCGACGCUCGAGACCGUCAAGUCUGGAGAGAUAGGCAAGAGGCGUGAGUCCAUGUAUCAAAUGUUCCAAGGAUUCUGGAGGGCAUGCAUCAAUGCCACAGACAACGAAACGGACGCCGCCAACUUGGAGAUGAUGGGCUCAAAACCCCCUUUUGUGGCCGACGCAAUCAUCGCCAAUCCACCCUCUUUCGCACACUAUCAUUGCGCAGAAAAGCUCAGUAUUCCGCUGCAUUUGGUCUUUACCUUUCCUUAUUCGCCCACACAAGCGUUUCCCCAUCCCUUGGCCAACAUCAAGGCUUCAAACGUCGACCAGAGGUACACAAAUUUCAUGAGCUAUCCGUUGGUCGAUUUGAUGACAUGGCAGGGGUUGGGUGAUUUGGUCAACCGAUUCCGUGUCCAAACGCUAGGUCUGGAACCCGUCUCGACUCUAUGGGCCCCCGGUCAACUCUCCCGUCUCAAGGUUCCGGUAACCUAUCUCUGGUCACCGGGCCUUGUUCCGAAACCUCGUGACUGGGGUCCGGAGAUCGACAUCGCAGGUUACGUCUUUUUGGAUCUUGCGGCAUCUUAUAAUCCACCAGAAGACCUGACCAAAUUUCUUGACAGGUCAGACGAGCGACCCAUCGUCUACAUAGGGUUUGGGUCCAUUUCGGGAAUUAGCGAUCCGUUGGCAUUCACGAGGAUGGUUUUCGAAGCGGUCGAGAAGGCUGACGUUCGCGCCGUGGUUAGCAGAGGAUGGGGAGGUAUGGGAGACGGAAUGGAAAAACCCGACGGUAUCUUCCUGAUUGACAAUGUCCCCCACGACUGGCUAUUCCCUCGCGUCGACGCAGUGGUUCACCACGGUGGUGCUGGAACCACGGCCGCAGGGCUGAGAUUCGGCAAGCCAACAAUGAUCGUUCCUUUCUUCGGAGAUCAGCCUUUCUGGGGUGCAAUGGUUGCAAGGGCAGGAGCUGGUGCAAAAGAGGCUCUUCCUCUUAAGAAACUCGACAGGGACAGAUUUGCUGAGGGCAUCCGACAGUGCCUAGAGCCUGAGGCCAGAGCCAAGGCGCAAGUGAUUGCAAAGAGCAUUCAAGAGGAAGGCGACGGCGCAGAAAACGCGGUGGACUCUUUCCAUCGACACCUGGAUCCCGCAGGACCAUAUUCGGCGCGUUGCAACAUCUUCCCGGAUCGCGUCGCUGUUUGGAAGACCAGACAUGCCAGCACGCGACUAUCGGCGCUGGCAGCAGAAUUGUUGGUGGAAAGUAAACAGAUCCACUGGUCGAACUUGGAGUUGGCCAAAAUUCAUGAGUGGACCGACUUCCAGGGGCCCGGGGAACCUAUUACGGGCGCGGGCGGUGUGCUUGUCAAGGCCUUUCAGGAGGCAUGUUAUGGGCUUGUGACGAUGCAUGAGACAGCGAAACGGGAUAUCAAACACUAUGAGAAGCGCAGACGGAGGCAAAAGCAGAAGUCAGCAAUCGAAGGACUAGUUCUACCUGGACGAAUCGCUAUGGCUACACGGGGCACCUCUGUGGACGAGCAACGGAAAGAGCACGCCAGGCUCAUGCGACAAGUCAACUUCCACGGCGAGGCAGAGCCAGUGAAGUUGCCCUUUGGUCAGCCCAACCCAAGCCAGGAUGCUAUUGGACAAGGCUCCAAGUUGACCAGGACUGCGACGGCGAGCUCAGACCGGACUUCCCCAAUGGUGGUGAUCUUGCAAGAUGUGGGAAAGGGGAUUGGCUACUCCAGCAAAGCCAUCGCAAAGCUACCCUUGCAGAUGUGGAAUGCCCUUGCUCUUGGAUUUCACAACGCACCUCGACUGUAUGGUGACAAGACAGUGCGGCCUUCUCCCCAAGGGAUCAACGGAUUCCGGACGGGACUGAAGGUGGCUGGCAAAGAGUUUUGGCUCGGGCUCUACGACGGGGUAACGGGUGUGGUGCGAAUUCCAUACCUCGAAGUCCAUGAGGAUGGCAUGUCUGCACUGCCCAAGGGAGUUGCGCGAGGCAUUGGCGGACUGGUGUUGAAGCCCAUCUCCGGCGUGCUUGGAUUAGGGGCGUAUACGGCGAAGGGAGUCCAUAACAGCGUGCGGCGACGAGUACGAGAUACUCAGAAGACAGAACGAUGGAUCCGGCAUGCCAGGAUCGCGCAGGGACACAGAGAAGCUCAGAUGUUGGAAGAGCAGCGAAAAGACGGUAGCCCGGAGUCGUCACAACCACUCCGUUCCAUGCUACCCGACCUCGCAGCGGCCCGCAAGCACGCCGUGCAACAAUGGACGACGCACGAGCAGGAAAUGCUGUCAGAGGAGUGA